UCGUAUUAUAGUAGGACAUGAUUAGAUAUCCAAAGCCACCAAGAUAAGCAAUUCGAUCUGGACUGCGACCAGUGACUCGUAAAGAAUUGGCCUUGGAGCUGAUUAUGGGAUCACAAAAGUGGAAAUAGGGAAAUAAAAGGACGAUGCCAACCCCAUGAAAGAGAAAGGAUCAUCAAGGCUUAGGACAUCGUACACGCAAUUUCGUGGUUCCUGCAUUUAGCCAUUUUAUUUAACCUCUCAUAAUGGAUCCUUCUGCUUUAGACCUCCUGAUCUGCUCCACCUGCGGCGUCCAGUAUGAUGCCACGUCCGGGUUGAAAUCCUGCAAGAUCUGCGAUGAUCCACGACAAUACGUUCCUCCAUCGGGACAAUCCUGGACAACACUGCGCUCUCUUCAAGCGUCGCCUGUAAAGUAUCGCAAUGUCUUCACCACCGACCCCGAGAAUCCCAACCUCAUCAGCAUCCAGACUGUCCCAAAAUUCGCCAUUGGUCAACGAGCAUAUCUCUGUCUCGAUGGGUCUGGUUCGGGCAAUGUUCUUUGGGACUGUAUCACAUACCUCGAUGACGAAACGAUCCGACAUAUUACUUCUCUAGGAGGAAUUCGGGCCAUCGUCAUCUCGCAUCCGCACUACUUUUCUACCAGCAUUCAGUGGGCAGAUGCUUUCAAAUGUGAUUUGUACAUCUCUGCUGAAGAUGAGGAAUGGGUCGCCAACAGAGGCGAUGGACACAGGUUGAAGCUGUGGAAGGGGAAGAGACUCUCUCUUCCGAGCCAUACGCUUGAUUCAGCUCAAUCUGGUGAUGAGACCUCUGAUUUCGUCGCUAUCAAGACCGGCGGCCACUUCCCGGGCAGCUCAGUUCUGUGGUGGAAAUCCGCGAAGAAACUGCUCAUUGCGGAUACCAUCAUGAUUGUUCCCAGCGGACUUUAUCGUGUGGACCGACCCCCUGGUACCGCCUCUUAUGCGUUCAUGUGGUCGUAUCCUAACUAUAUUCCGCUUCCCCCGGAUGAUGUUCAUGGUAUUUGGAAAGCAAUCGAGGAUAUUGAUUUCGAGGACACCCAUGGUGCCUUUACUGGACAGGAUGCUAGGGGUAACAGUAAGUCAAGGAUUUUGGAGAGCGCAAAGAUCAUCAUCAGGGCCUCGGGGUACCCGGAACAUCCUAUAUUCCAAGAGUGAAAGAUGCCAAGUUCGCACUCAGCUUCUGAAGGCAAAGUUGUACGUAGCCUAGGUUGUUUAAACGCAAUGCAAGAAAAGAA